AUCCAUGUUGUUGACUAGCCAAUUAGAAUUCAGUAUGCGUAAAUCGUGGACUACCUGUUUUGUGACAAGAAAGAGAAAGCUGGGUCGGGGUAUAACAACGGACAAGAUGGCGGACAAAAAGUACACAGAUAAACUGGAGAACAAUGAGUGCGACAAGCCUUAUUUAGCUGAACAAUAUUCAUAUGAUCAGCAAGACUUUGUUCUAACAUGCAACUCAUGGAGCGUAGGAGCCAAUAACUUUCAGCUUUCCAAAUUUGAUCAAACAUUAAGGUCCAAAUGGAACAAUGCCAUGGCAAGUGGUUGUUUCAGGUACACAUUAGAUGACCUCCAGACUAAAUUACUACCUGGAAAAUUCAAGGUUAUUCUUCAGUUAAAUGAGAAAAGGUUUGCUGAUCGUAGAAAACCCCAACAAAUGACCAGUGUUGCACAACCAUUUGAUGAAUCCAAGUUUAAUUUCACUAAAGUAUUUGAUAAUGAAAUUUUAUUUGAGAUGUGCCCAUUACACCGAUCUUUUUUUKCUUCUAACCUCAUGAUAAUCAAUUAUUUCAGGGGAUUUCGGAUUGGGUUCAACAGUCUUUGUGCUUUAGCAUCUGUUAAUCACCUUCAUUUCCACGUAUGGUACAUCAAUUAUCAAACUCUCUUAGAGACAAUUCCAAUUCAACCAAUAUCGUUAGAAUGUCAAGAGAUCUUCGAAGUUUGUGACUAUCCAGCUGGAGUACUUGUCCUUCUUUUGAGAGAGUCAUCGAAAGUUCCGUAUUUAGCCAGGAAMAUUCACAAGAUAACRACAUACUUAACGCAAAAAAACAUUGCACAUAAUGUCCUGAUAAUACGAGGAGAAGAUGCCCAGCCUUCAAGUGGUUGUGUUCGAGUGUUUAUCUGGCCAAGGCAAUCUGUACUUGCAAAAGAGGUCUACGAUUCAUUCACUGAAAAAGACUUUUGUGACGAAUUAACAAGAGCUUCUUUACGAAAGSAACAGAUUGACGAAUUGAAACGUUUCAUUGCUAAUAACGAUGGUGGYUAGCACAUAACUAAAUAUAUGAUAUUAUUAUCAAUCAUUAUUACUUAUUGGUGAAUAAUCUUUGUUUUUAGUUGCAUUCCUCCUUUUUUGUUGUUUUGUACCAUCGUGAUCAUCAUCAUCAACAGGCGGUUAUUUAACAAAUAAACUAGACGAUCGAAUCGAUCGUGACGUCGGGCUACGAUCAUGUUUAACACUUAUGUAGGCCCUAAUAAGUGAUACAUGUAUACUCACAGCAAGCCGUUACCUUUUUCGUAUUCAAAAUAUUUGUUGAUGUUAUAUACCAUACAUCAAUUACAUAUCCYAUCGMAAGUUAAUAUAAGUUAUUUAUUASAUCAUAAUUUUUUACAGAACUGAACUCUAAGUAAAUUCUUUAGAUAUCAUGUCUUUCUCAGUUUUCCAAAAUAACUAGCUCGAAAAUACGCUCUAAGAGCGACUAUAAUAUUCAAUGCAAGAUAUCUGAAAGGUCAUAUAAACCAUAGAAACGGUACAGUCUUUGCAGUUUUGUCAGUAUCGUAUAACUUUGAAAAUUAUUUUGAUCGUUUGAAUCAUGUAAGAUCUUGUGUUUCUGUUCUUUUUAUUUGGUGUUUUCUUGUAUUUGUAAUUUAUAAUUUUACAUCUUCUGUUCUGUGCCAUCAUCAAACAGGUGUACCUGACAGUUUAUAUUUUUGGAUAUUUGUCUAAGUUUUUCAAGUUAAAACAAUCAGCAAAACAAAUUUUAAUAAAGAAUUAAAAUGCUUCAUACACAAUAUAGAUUUUGUACAGAGUUCAGUAAGCACGUACACGUGCAGUUUUCAAGUUCAAACACAUCGUCAGCUUAGAAAAUGGCAUCAAUAUUUUUCAGAUGAGGUUUGAUAUGUUUUAGUCCAUCGAAUAAUUAUUCUUCUGUCAAAGUAUCAACCUUAAAUAUCCAUGUGAUUUCUUAUUUUUUGAAGAUUUUGUGAUUGACAUCGAGCACUUGUUGUGGCGACGUAGUGUUCUUCGUGUCGGCGGUAGAAAAUGCCCAGUCAUUUCUGCAC